AAGGGUGGUUGGUAGAGAUAACAGCUGGACACAACAACAUGCCCAACAUCUCAGACUCCAGAUUGAAUCCAAGCCUGCCUUUGUCCCAGUCAGCAGCUCACUCAUACCAGCAGGGCUGCAUCAGGAUGACCCUGGAGAACGCUGAACUCUGGAAGUCUUUCCACAGGAUCGGAACAGAAAUGAUCAUAACAAAGCAUGGAAGGAGAAUGUUUCCACACUGCAGCAUCAGUCUGUCAGGGUUACAACCUUUUGCCAAUUAUGUCAUCAUGGUGGACAUGGUUCCUGUAGAUGGCUUUAAAUACAAGUGGAAGAAGGAUCAGUGGGAGAUCGCAGGGAAGGCAGAGCCCCAGCCCCCGUGCCGAACAUACCUGCAUCCUGAUUCUCCUGCUGUAGGAGGACACUGGAUGAAGCAGUCUUUGUCUUUCCUUAAGAUGAAGCUAACCAACAACACCUUGGAUCAGCACGGCCAUAUCAUCCUUCACUCCAUGCAUCGCUACUACCCCCGGUUUCAUGUGAUCCAGGCAGACAGCCCAUACACCGUCUGCUGGGGCUCAGUUCAGACCUUCUCGUUCCCAGAGACAGUCUUCACUGCUGUUACUGCUUACCAGAACCCAAAGAUUACCAAAUUAAAGAUUGAUCACAACCCAUUCGCUAAAGGCUUCAGGGAGGGAGGUACCCAUUUUCACAGUAAAAGGUGUCGCUCAAGUAAAAGCCCACCUACAAAAAGGCUUCCAGAGGACAGGAAAGAUCUCUGCAAAAGUUCUCCAGGCCUGCAGAGGAUGCCCUGCACCUCUCAGUCGGUGGAGACGGAGACGAAUAAGGCCUUCACUCUGCAGUCACUGAAUGGGGGUCACCUUUCUUCCUGGGCUCUGGAGCAAGACUCAUCAGAGAGUGUGCACUCUGAGCCCCUGGAGCUGCAGGAAUAUGACUACAGCUGUGAAGAGCAGAUGGUGCCCGCAUCCACAGCAUACCAACCUUACAGGUCUUUGGAAUAUGGUAAACUCCCAUUCCCAUCAAGCGAUUUAGAUCCAGCACAGACCCUACUCCGACCUCCUCCUCACCCAGCCUCCACUACUGAACAGCAGCAACAGGGCUACCACCACAGUCACCACCACCAGAGCAAUGCAGCAGAUUGGAGCCAGCAUCCGCUCUUCUGCUACUCCUGUUGGUGAACUUUGAUCUCAUACAUUGGUGACAUCAUGUAGGAAGGCUGUGAAUAAUAACAGAUUGAAGGAGGGUAAAACAUGUUGUUUAUUAUAAACAAGUCCGCAACUGACAAUCAAGUGUCAAAUAUUUCCAAGACGUUGCUAUACAUUUUGAAGAAGCUUUAAAAUGAGCCAAUUUUGAUGCACAGAAAAGUUAUAUUAUAUUUGUUGGAUAUUCCCACAUAUAUUGCAGUCGUCUGUACCAGACUGAGCGAACACUGUUCUAAAUGUCAGCCGGGAAUUAAAUAUGAGAAUAAAUAUCAUAGCAAGGCACAAGGAUGCCCAAAAUGUUCAAAAUAUUGCUUAACUACUUCUACACACUGAAACUGCUUAAAUGACACACAAUAUAUAAAACAAGGCAAAACAGCAUUAAUUACACAUAAAAAUCUUCAUAACCUUUAUUGUAUAUCAGAAAUGGUGUGAUGUAUUGGAGUCUGUUUUAAAAGAUGUAAUUUUUUGUUUUGAUUUUGUUGAAAUAAAUACAAUAAUAAAGGCA